AGAGAUGCAGCAGUAAAACUUUUUUGGUCAAAAAAAACAAACACGCGUUAAUCUAAAACCACAAGAGAGAAGGAAACGGCAUCAGCUAGUCACAGGCAAAGACAAUACAGGACCAAGGAUUGAACAAACUGAAGGCUCAAUGAUGAACCAAGCAAGAUGCAGGUGUACAUAAUCAAUUAAUAAAUCAGAAACAAAGGACACAAUCGGAAACCAAGCAAACAGGAAAUAAGCACAGGGAGGAAUCCGAAGGAAGCUCAACAUAAGAGUCCAUAGCAGAACAAAUACCUGGAUGGUCUGUAUUUUGGCCAUUAGUUUUUUGUAAUGCAGUGAUUAACUUUUUAAUGUCAUGAUGCUCAUGUGACUUUAAAGCGCAUAAUAACUGUGCAAGACCUCAAAACAUGACAAUAAAAAACAAAGUCAGUCACCAAAGACAACCUCUUUACAAACAACCAAAUGUCUUUAACUCGGUUUGUGCCUAAAAACACUAUAUGGAAUUCUCUUCAUUUUCUCAGUUGCUGCUCUCUCUUUCUUACUCUUUUUUCACUCUCUCUCCCCAUCCAUCUUCUUGCCGUAACUGUGAGCCAACCUGUUGUAGCUCUUCCACACCCCCUAAACUUUCCCCUCUAGAGUGUAUUACAGUGUGUGGAGUCCCGUGACCUGUGCUUGGAUUGUAUUAUUACCUGUCGGAUCUCCAGCGGACUGGGUCUGUUUCCCCUGGACAGCAGUUUUGCAUUCGAGAGGAGGAUCAUGGUGCAGGGGACCGUGGGAAAGAUAAAAGGGAGAGAGCAUAGCAGCUAAAUAAAUUGGAGAACAAGCCCGUCUCAGGACAUCAGUCCAAGGAAGAGGAUCUGCCGGCAGAGAGAUAAGAGAGGGAACGAAAGAGAAAAUCAGAGGACGAGAGAGAGAGAGAGAGAAUGGGAUAUUGCGGCAUAUGGAUCUUCCUCUUGUCCCUGUCUCUCUCCCAUCAAAACGCCACUGCAGAGGCUGAAGUAUGCCGUACAGCCAUGCCUGCAGAUAUUGUGUUCCUGGUGGACGAUUCCUGGUCAGUGGGUCCGACCAGCUUCCAGCAGAUCAAAGAGUUCAUAGCAGACAUCAUCCGAGCCUUCCAGGGAAGUGUGGUUGGACAGGAAGGCAUUCGCUUUGGAGUGACUGUCUAUUCAGACUUGCCUAGGAUGCGUAUAGCUGUGACGGAUUAUUCGACUCUGGAGGAAGUGCUCAGAGCCGUGGAGGAGUUGUCGUAUGAGGGAGGCAGCAGCCGCACCGGCCUGGCAUUGGAAUUCCUCGUAGAGUCCGUGUUCAGUCCUUCUAUCAUCAGAGACAACUCUCCGAAGAUUGCUAUUCUGAUCACUAAUGGCCAAUCGGAUGAUCCAGUGGACGGUCCAGCUAGAGCUGUUACAGACAGUGGAAUUUCACUGUUUGCUGUGGGAGUGAGGAAUGCAGAUCAGUCUGAGCUGAAGAAGAUCGUUACAGAACCCCAUGAGGAACAUUUAAUGCUCAGCCCAGAUUUCUCCUUCCUCGAGCACCUGCUGCCCAAACUCUCCCGCCGCAUCUGCUUCACUGCUUCAGAACCUCCCCGACCUGUGAAACAAAAGCCACCUGUGCUGGAGAGGAUAGUCGGACCUAAAGAUCUGCAAGUGAGUGAGUUGAGCUACAGCUCUCUGCAGCUGACCUGGAGUCAGGCCACAGGAGAUGUGACCGGCUACAGGCUGCUCAUCACCCCUGUGUCUCCAAAGGGCCAUCUGCUCCCAGCACAGCAGAGACAGAUUGAUCUGAAGGGAGAUAUUAGCACCACUCCAGUAACCGGGUUGAGUCCUAAGACUGAGUACUCUCUCACUGUAUACGCCAUCUACCCCGGACGCAUUGGAGAAUCUGCCACUAUCAUCACAGAAACCACUGUUGUGCCACCGGUUGCGAACUUCCGAGUGAUUGAAGAAGGACUUUUCUUUUUACGCAUGGGAUGGACGCCUCCGCUUGGAAAAGUGAAUGGAUAUAAAAUCUAUGUUCCAAGAAUGGACAGACCCGGGCUUAUUUAUGAGCAGAUGCUGACGGGCGACGCCUCCUCUCAUGUGAUUGACACCUUAGAAGAGGAUAAAGAUUACAAGGUCAACAUCUAUGCCAUCUACCCAGAGGGCACCAGUGAGCCUGUAUCUAUCACCGGAAAAACUUUGAAACUGGUCCCAGUUGAUCAACUGUUGGUCCAGAACGCCACUACAGACACAGUUCAGGCCCGCUGGUCAUCUGUCAGAGGUGCCACAGGGUACAGACUCACCUGGUCAUCAUCAGAGGGACACAUAGAAAAUGUGAACCUAGGAGACAACUUUAAUUUCUACAUGGUGCAGGGCCUGCAUGCUGGCACGGAGUACACCAUCACUAUCAACCCUAUCUUUGUGGACAUUGAAGGGCCUGUUACCUCUGCCAAAGCCAAGACAUUGGAAAGCAGUGCAGUACAGACCCUGAGAGCAUCUGCGGUGAGCACUAGCAGCGCUGUUACCUUGUGGAAUGCUGUACCUGGAGCCACAGGAUACAGACUGGCCUGGGGUCCUACUGCAGAGUUCACAGGGAGAGAUCGGCCCAGACAGCUGGCUCUGAAUGGCAGCACUACAGAGUAUGUUUUGAAGAAUCUGGUCCAUGACACAGAGUAUGUGCUCUCUCUUUACGUGCUCUUUGGUUCUGUGGUUGGCCCAGGCAUCACCGCUACAUUCAGAACCUCACCCCUCGGAUACGUGUCAAAUUUUAAAGUAACGUCAUACACCAGCUCGUCCAUCGAUGUUGAAUGGAGUCCUAUUGUAGGGGCCACAGAGUACAAACUCACCUGGAGUUCGGAAUUUGAGCGUUCUCAGAGUCGUUUUCUUGACCGCAGCAUUUUACAGCACAGCAUCACUGGUCUUCAGCCACACACGCUUUAUUCUGUCAGCAUUCAUGCUCUCUACAGCAACACAGAAGGGCCAGAAAUCUCCCUCUCGCAGCAAACAGCUUCGUUAACUGACUCUGAGCUGAUUGAGACAGUUCGGGAGGUAAAAGUUGUGGACAUUGGCGCCAGUUCUUUUAAACUGGCCUGGAAGAAAACUCCAGGGGUCACUGGGUACAAGAUCACAUGGAGCCCCUUUCAUGGUGGAGAGAAGAAGAGUGAGGUUGUAUCUUCUUCUGCCACGUCCUUCACCAUCACUGAUCUGCCUGCAAGUUCUGCCUACAAAAUCCAGGUUUCAGCAGUGGUCAAAAGCAAAGAGGGAAGCCCAGUAAUGGUGACCGCCCGCACCUUGGAUCUGCCCAAAGUGACUGGAUUUAGUGCUCUGAACACCACCGACAACAGCACUGUACUGAACUGGACCAGAGUGACAGGAGCGUCAGGAUACCUGCUGUCCUGGAGACACAUAUCAGAGGUGGACUUCUCCUCUGAUCUGCUGAGCUCUGGAUUCACCUCCUAUACGAUCCAAGAUCUCCAGUAUGGCAGAACCUACAUCUUUUCCAUCAGACCACUUUAUGGGGAAGUGGAGGGUCCAGUCACAACCAUCACUAAAAGGAUCCUGGGAGCUCCUUAUCUCAUUCCUGUCCAGAGCUCCACGCCGGCCUCUGCCUCCGCUAACAACAACGACAUGCACCUCCACACCACAGCCAGAAACACUCGCACCCCAGUGGACAAAGCCCCCAGCACACCCACCACCACUCAGAGACUCGCUGUGAGGCCUCAGAUCACAAUCGGUCGAACGGCCUCAGCACUGACCAGAAUUACUACAGUAAAUGACCAAACCACCCUGUCUGUCGAGACGCCCCCACCUGGACCAGUGUGUGGCAGGGUGAAAGCAGAUAUUGUGUUUUUGGUCGAUGAAUCCUGGAGCAUUGGUACUAAUAACUUUGGCAAACUGAAGGAUUUCCUGUUCAGAACCGUCACCUACUUCCCCACUAUAGGACCUAAAGGAACACAGAUAGCAGUAGUUCACUACAGUGAUCAGCCCAGGAUCGAGUUCCACUUUAACUCUCAUAAAGACCGCAGCUCCGUUUUGAGAGCCCUCCGAGAAGUCCACUAUGGAGGAGGGAACACAAAAACAGGUCGUGGGAUCAGCUAUGUCCUUAGGGAAAUGUUUCAGGAGUCUCUUGGUAUGAGACAGGAUGUCCCUCACCUUUUAGUGUUGCUGACCGAUGGAAGAGCUCAGGAUGAUGUAGAACCACCAUCCAGAAUAGCGCAUGCUCUGGGUGUCAGUGUUUUGGUCAUCGGCAUCGCUCACGCAGAUAUUGAGGAGCUGAGGAAAAUCGCCUCCCCCACCACUUACAAGAACAUCUUCUUCGCCAGUGAUUUUGACGAUCUUCCGUCCAUCGAGAGAGAGUUUAUCAGCAGCAUCUGUAGCGAGGCCUUACUAUCAGAGUUCAAACAACACGACGAGUCUGCUCAACUGGACACACCUACAGAUGACCCAGAAGCUCUCGCUAAACCAGAAGGGCCCAGCUGUCCGCUCAGCUGCAAGGGUCAGAAAGGAGAGAAGGGUGAUGGAUUGGGUCAUGGCGGCUUGCGACUCAAGCAAGGCUCAGGGCAUUAUGACUCAUUCUCUCUAAAGGUCAAAGGGGAGAAGGGUGAGCGGGGUCUUCCCGGAACGGAUGGCAUCCCAGGGUUACCAGGACGACCAGGUCGGACCGGACCUCCUGGUUCUCCUGGACAAAGGGGAACACCUGGAGUUCCUGGUGACAUGGGGCCUCUUGGUAAUACUGGACCUAAAGGGCAGAGAGGAGAGAGAGGUGAGCCAGGCUAUGUGAUGGGAGGUAUGGAGGUUAUUCCAGGGCGUAAAGGAGAACCUGGAUCUUCGGGCCCCCCAGGUGCUCCAGGGGUCCCAGGGGUAUCAGGUCCUCCGGGACUCCCUGGUCAGCCUGGGCCUCUGGGGUCCCCUGGACUCUCAGUUAAGGGCGAGACUGGAGAAUCUGGUCCUAAAGGUCCACGUGGAAAACCAGGUGCCAAAGGAGAAAAAGGGGAACAUGGGAAUAAUGGUCUAGCGGGUUUACCAGGGCCAGUAGGAGUGGAUGGACUUCCAGGAAUUCCUGGUCAGAAAGGGGAGAAGGGAGAGGAAGGUAUCGGAAUUCAAGGUGUCCAAGGUCCCCCUGGGCUAGCUGGAGAGAAGGGUAAUACAGGACUACAAGGCCCAAAGGGCGAAGUAGGAAUACAAGGAGUCCAGGGAAUCGCAGGCCCUCGGGGGAAAAAGGGUCUUAAAGGAGAUCAAGGAGACAAGGGCGAACGUGGGGAAAUCGGGCCAAUCGGGCCUCCAGGAAUUGCAGGCUUCCCUGGAGCUGCUGGACGAAAGGGUGAUGAGGGGCAGCGCGGUGCUCCCGGUGACCCAGCUAAAGGGAUACUUGGUCCUCCAGGGAAAAAGGGUGCCAGGGGGGAUGUCGGACAAGUUGGACCACUAGGACCACAAGGAAUAAAAGGAGAUCGGGGUGAUAAAGGUGAAAAGGGCAAUCCUGGAUUUGGAAUCCCUGGUCAGCCUGGUCCCAAGGGAGAUAGUGGAGAAAGAGGUAAUGUUGGAUUAUCAGGGAAACCAGGGCCAAAAGGCAAUGAUGGGUUCAAAGGAGAGAAAGGGGAGGUGGGUGCAGGCAACCCUGGUUCUCCAGGACUAAGAGGUAAAGAUGGUGUGCCAGGACCGAAAGGGGAGGUGGGAUCAAGGGGAGAGUCUGGUUCACCAGGAGAGCCCGGAGAGAGAGGUGCCAAGGGACCUCUCGGUCUUCCAGGGCGACCCGGUGACCCUGGGGGAAAAGGCGAGCCUGGAAAAUUAGGGUUACCAGGUCCAGAAGGACAAAAAGGAGAGAGAGGCGAGCCGGGGCUGCCCGGACCACCGGGACAUACUCAAUUUACCACGUCAGACAACACCAUUCUCACCAGGGCCAUUAAGGGUGAACCCGGUGAGCCGGGACUCCCAGGACUCCAAGGGGAGAUGGGACGUCCUGGACCACCUGGUCCUGAAGGCAAACCAGGACCUCCAGGGAAUUCAUUGAUUGGAUCUAGUACAGGAAUAGAUGGCCUGGAUGGUCCAUCAGGGAAGCCUGGAUCUAAGGGUGAACCAGGACAAAAAGGGGACCCAGGACCAAAAGGGGAGAAGGGAGAUGGGCGUGCUGGGAUUACUGGAAUGCCUGGUUUACCUGGAACUCCUGGCAAACCUGGUGUUGAUGGGAAACGUGGAGUAGCCGGAAAAGAUGGAGAAAAAGGUUCAAAGGGUGAUGAAGGAACAAAGGGUGAAAAAGGUGAACCUGGUGCAAAUGGAAAUGAAGGCCAAAAAGGAGAGCAAGGAUCUCCAGGCUUGCCAGGUCCUCCCAUUGUUCUCCAAGAGGGUAUGUCUAUUGAGGACAUAAAGAAAGCAUUUCCCAUACCAAUGGGUCCCCCUGGUGCGGCGGGUCCUCCUGGGAUGAAGGGAGAGAAAGGAGAGAUGGGUUUAAAAGGAGAGCAGGGUGAUGCUGGCCCACCUGGGAGAGCUGUUGAAAUGAAGGACAUUGAAGGCUUGUUUGAUUCAUAUGGUAUUAAACUCUCGCUGCUGAAGGCCUUGAUCGACAGGCUGCUUCAGGAUGGAAUGGAGGAGCUUCUUCAUGACAUCAGCACUGGCAGAAGAGUGAAAGGAGACAGACAGGAGCCUGACUCCAACAUCAUCACCGAAUACACCAGCUCAGUAAAGUACAGUCACCCACAAGAGAUAUUACCUGAUACGGAUUUGAUUGAGGAAGAGUCUGACCUUGAAGAGGGGCAGACACCUGAACCCAGUCCUGAGCCUGUGGCUGAAACAGAGGUGGGUCCUACCCUUUGGACCAUCACUACUAUUAACAAAAAGACUGACGUCACUAAAACAAAGGACAAGCUGGUAGAUGUCGAAGAAAAGAAACUCUUGAAAACCAACUUCAGUGAUGUAACACCUUUGAAAUUUCUUCAAACCAACACUUCCUCUGAGAGGCUGAGUUCUGGGAAGGUAGAGGUAAGUAUGGAGACAGUUUUCCACAGCCAUGAGGACACAGGGAAAAAAUCAUCUGGAGAGAAGAAGAAAGGCAAAGAGAGGGGGAAGGGCAAAGGAAAUAAAGGACGGCAAAAACGGCAAAGGAAACGUUUGGAAGACCAAGACAACAUGGAAGAGGAGGUUGAGGAAGGAUCAUAUGAUGAUGAGGAAUACAGUCUUGAAUAUGAGGACGAGCUGCCCACAAAAGAGCCUUUUUCCUCUCGAGAGGAGGACGACGGAGGAGAGGAGCUAAAAUUCUCUGCAACAACAGCUUUAUACACACAAGAAAAUGAGGGUGAGACAGAAACAUCCUCUUGGAUUACACAGUCUCCAGAGGAGAUCAGACUGACGGCUUACACAACACCAGCGAGUCCCCUGCUUUCAUCAAGAGUAACAGAGCAGAAGCCACCUGAAACCACAUUAUUAUCAGUGAUAAACACAACACAAACUGCAGAGGAGGGGUACUUGUCCCACAAUAGUGGCCUGGAAGGGGCAAGAUCUAAAGUGAAGAGGAGCGCCCCCUCGCCUGAGUACAUGGCAUACAUGCCUGGAACGCCAGGAGGACAAAACCGUUACAGACAAGGAUAUAAGCGUUCCACCUCAGGAGCAGGAGGCAAAAAGAAGCUGAAUAAAAGGAAGCAAGAAAACAAAGACACUGCGGCUGUUGCAGAGAUGUACAAGGAAAGAGGGAGGGAAGAAGAGGGCGAGAGAGAAGACGACAUCUAUCUUAAGAACCAGGAAAGAAUGAUUGAAGAGGAAACUGAGGCACAUUGGGACAUGGAGGAAGAGGAUGGUGCGACUGAGACCAAAGAAUACAGUUCAGGUGAUGGUGAUGAGGAGACAGAGGAAGAAUUUGAGCUAGAGAGGGAGAGAGAGAGACAGGAGAUGGAAAAAGAAAGGAUGGAGCUGGAACGAGAAAGGGCGGAAGAACUUGAAAGGGAGAGAGAGCUGGAGAGGGAGACAGAGAUGGAGCAAGAGGAAAAUGAGGAGAGAGAGAGACAGUUACAGAGACAAAGAAUGGAAUGGGAGAGACAAAGAGAAAAGAUGGAGAGAGAGAGGAUGGGAGAGACAAACGGAGAGGAAGACAUGGGGCCCCGUAUUUCCCACUGUGAUUAUCUGAAGGGACCUCCAGGUGAAAAUGGAAAACCAGGCCCUAAGGGGGAGAUUGGAGAAAAAGGCCAGAAGGGAGAACCUGGAACUGGUCACCGUGGGCCAAUUGGUCAGGCCGGUCCAGCAGGACAAAAGGGUGAGCCUGGCGAACCAGGACCGACUGGAGCACAGGGCAUUCAGGGUAUCCGUGGCAAUCCUGGCAUCCCUGGGACACCAGGUCAAAGAGGUCAGCCAGGUGACCCUGGAGAGCCAGGUAGAAAGGGUGAGAGAGGGAGACGAGGAAAGAAUGGGUCACCUGGCACUCCAGGUGCAAUUGGUCCUCUUGGACAGCAGGGUCCUCCUGGCCUCUCUGGGGUUAAAGGUGAAAAGGGAGACACUAUCCCAGGGGAACCAGGUGACAGGGGAAUUUCCGGGCUCCCAGGUCGCCGGGGACCCAAAGGCACUAUCGGUGUUAGAGGGCCUCCAGGUCUCAUGGGUCCCAAAGGCCUGACUGGUGUGAAAGGAGAAAAGGGUGACAAAGGUGUGACUGGUCACAGAGGAGACAAGGGUAGCCCUCUCUCCAUGCCAGGACCCAGAGGAUAUAAGGGUCUAAAAGGAGAGACGGGUGAACGUGGGCUUCCAGGGUUUGAUGGAGAUAAAGGAGAGAAGGGUGAAGAUGGUCCACCUGGUGCGAAGGGACUGAAGGGUGAGGCUGGUACGAAAGGAGGCAUGGGGACUUUUGGCGCACGUGGUCCAGUAGGACAAAAGGGAGAUCCAGGGGAGUCCGGCGCCAAUGGAGAAAAGGGUCGAAAUGGAGAACAUGGUUUGGAUGGUGAAAAGGGUGUUAAGGGAGACAAGGGCCUGCAGGGCAAAAAGGGGGAUCAGGGUGAGACAGGUGAGCCUGGUUUACCUGGAGAUACAGGAAUUAAAGGAGAGAAGGGCUUCAGAGGUUUCCCUGGUCGAAUAGGGAACCCAGGACUGGAUGGAGAACAGGGUGAUUCUGGGGAACCUGGCAGGCAUGGCAUUCCAGGUCUAAACGGUAUCCCGGGACGAAAGGGUGAAAAGGGGGAUAGUGGAUUGAAUGGUCUUGAUGGAGCUCCUGGACAGAAAGGAGAGAAGGGUGCAACUGGUUUCCCAGGUUUCUCAGGUUUUAAGGGAUCUGCUGGUACACCAGGAUCUAAUGGAGCUCCGGGUCAGCCUGGUCCAGUUGGACCCAAAGGUGAAGUGGGACCGAAGGGAGAGAAGGGGAGGAGAGGCAGAGGAAAAGCCUGUCAACGGGGACCUCCUGGAAUUCCUGGCCUCACAGGCCUGGAUGGGGAGGUGGGAAGCGUGGGCAUGAAAGGAGAAAAAGGGGAGCCAGGACUCAGUGAGGAGGAAGUGAAGGAUCUAGUGUCAAAGGAGGUGGUUGAGAAGUGUGGGAAGGAAAUACUCCUGAUGGUGAACACCAAUGAUCCAGAUGAUGGGAGUAUCCUAAGAGAAGACAGAAGAGCGGAUUCUGCCUCUCGGUUCUUGCUCACCCACCCCAAAGUGUGGGAUGAAGAGGUGGAGGACGAGACCACUACAGUUCGUCCUGCUGUUUCAGAGUCUGAGCCAACAUUAGCAUAUGGCAACAUUACAAACCGUCAAUCAAGAGAUUUUCAAGAGAUGGCUCUUUCUUCAAAAGUGUCUAUUUCUAUGAGAGCCAGUACUGAGAGAGAUGGAGAGCAGAGAGAAAAGAGACGUGCACUCAAACUCCUCUCAGACCCGGACGCUGAUAUGUGCCUUGAACCCAUGUCUGAGGGCCACUGCACUGAAUACGUCCUGCUCUGGUACUACUACGCCGUCUCAGGGAAAUGCCGUCCUUUUGUGUACGGUGGCUGCGGAGGAAACAGAAACCGCUUCAGCUCCAAACAGGAUUGUCUGAGUAAAUGCAUUCUGGGAAGGAAAGAUUCUGGAUCCUGAGGAAAAACAUUUAGCUAUCUAACAAAAAAAUACUAGUUUUGUACAUUUUUGUCAUCCCAUAUGUAUAUUAGUUUAUCACAGCUGUUGUAACUUGUCUAAUCUACAUCAUGUUUGCGUUUCUAUAGCAUCACACAUCGUUGCACUGUUAUAGUGAUACUUAUCUACGAAUUUCUUACCAAUAUAGCACGUUCUUAUUUAAAACCUAUGAACGGAGGUCAUGAUUCUAAGAGUAAAUGCACUAUUAAUAUAAUCAACUGUGUUUAUGACCUGUUUACCAAGUCCAUUUUGCACUAAUGGUUCUGUUUGUAAAAUGUUCUUUUAAAAUAUUAUGUGAGACAAUAAAACAAUGAACUGUAUAUAUUUUUGAAUGGGCUAUACAGUCGUAGGGGUUUACUGUAGGUGGGUGGGUAUGUGCGUGAGAACAUUUUUACAUCGUGACCUCUGAUUUUGGACAGUGUUCUCUGAGCUUGGCCCUAUGUUGUGUAUAAAUGCUGCCAUAUUGGCUUUUCUUCAGCAAUGUUUGUCGAGUCGUGUCUGGACGGUGUCUCCUGGGGGCAGGCAGAGAAAGUGUGUGCGCAUUUGAAGCAAAUGGACUAGCUGAAUUUGUGGGUGGCUUACACAGCAUUUGUACACUCGUGCAUGUAUUUGUAUGUUUCCUUCCUCAUUAUUUUUACCCCUCCAUAUCUUUUUCACGUCGUAAAAGCUUUACCUUCCGCUGACAUUGACGCUGUUCGGUCUUGUAUAAUCUCCCAACUAAGCUGCUCCCUAGGUUUCUAGCUUUUUACAUAUGUCCCAGUAGCAGGGGGGGCGUGUAGCAGGCUGUAGUCCAAUUUAGAGCACAUUGAGAAGACUGUGGUACAAGUUAGAAGACAGGACGCCCUUUACAAUGUGUCUAAGGGGAUCCCUGAGUGAACUUCAUUGAGCACGCUAGCACAGAUGCCCUUUACACCUGCUUUAAAAUGUAGUUUUUAAGCUUUAAUGAGCUUCCUUUAACUUCAUGUGGAAUAAAAGUAUUAUCAUACAGUCCAAUGCACAAUGUUUACAGCGUUUAAAUGUAAUCAUUAAUGAAGCUUCCCAACUUUAGAGCCCUUGAUGGCAAAGCAAUCAAUCUUUAAAGGGAGGUGAGAAGAAAAUGAAUUAAACUUAUGAGCAUGAACUGCACAGCAAUUAACUCACAGGGACGCCUAAAAAGGAACACAAACUUGUUAUAGUUAUUGACCCUGACAACUAAUGAAACAAUUAAACAGACCCAGAAAUUCCUGUUUUAUAAAUAGCUCAAUACACAUGCAGAGUAAAUAAAUUGCUGCGCUAUCCAUGGUGCUGAAUGCCUUUAGACGAGUUGGUAAGUUCUCAGUAUAUGCCAUCUUAAUUUUGAGCCUUAUAACCACUUUAUUCCAAAGUUUUAUGGAUAAUUAUGUCCAGCCAGCCAGUCAUGACAUAUGAGUGGUAGGUUAUUUUAUUUUGUUUAAUGACAAAAAAAAAAACUAUUGCAUAUCGCAAUGAACUCGAAGAAAAAAAAAGGAAAAACUUUGUAGCUAAAUAUAUUAGUUAACCACGUUAAAAAGCUUGGUGCUAACCCUUUUCCCUAAAAAUCGUAUGUUUUCGCACAAAUCGCAUCGUACCUACAGCUAAAAAUCAGUAAUAAACUAAAAUAUUCAAUCAAAUAAAUGGUAAAUAAUUUUACCUGUAAAUAAAUGAAAAAUUAUGUUAUUAAUUAUAAAUUAUAAUUUCGACUAAUCAUGUAUGUUUAUGCUUAAAUAUAAUUAAAUAUAAGUUUUUUCGUGUGUUGAGUUGGCCCACAAAAUGUAUGUUUCAUGCUUAAAGCUACACUGUGUGAUUUUUAACCCCAUCUAGCGGUGAAAAGGUAUAUGACCAUCCAGUGAAUAUUAGUUUCUGUUCCUCUCAAAUCCGAUUUCGUGUUAACUCCUAUGGUGGCCAAUGUAUUCCUUAAAAAGGGAUAGGAAUAUAUGAUGUAGAUAUUCAUUUAUUUUUUUAAUAAUUUGCCACCAUUAAAAAAAAAAAACAACUUUUUUUAAUAGGCUAGUGGCAAAGUAAGUUCCAAAAUAAAUGUAGAACCAACUCAGUAUGCGAUUUCAUACAUUUCAGCCAUUGUGAGCACCAAUGCACCCUGGUUUUCACGUUGCAUUAUGGGACUUUAGGGAGCAAACGUUUCCAUGCACUAGUAUGACUUUGCGAUUGAGACAGCCCUUAAAAUGGCCGACUCCCUGAUCAGUGGCCUGACUACUGAAGUAGGGAGCAGAUUG